AUGACCCAUUACGGCGGCGGCGUUGCUGACACGUUCGACAGCGGCAGCAAAUUCGACACCGCGAGUUGCGGCGGUAGCAGCGUCGCCAGCAGCAACGGCUGCCACAGCACCACCACAUCCGCGACGGCAACCACUGCCGGGAGCGGCAGACGCGCCGCCGCCGCGUUCGUCGCCGCGAGAUGGGGCGCGAAAGUCGCCGCGGGGCUGCUGCACCCGCCGCGCGCGUGCAUCCGCACGCUGCACCGCCAUCUCUCCCCCAGCGCGCUCUCCCCUACCGCCGCGGGGACGAUCGGGAGGACCGCGUCCGCGGCGGCGGCAUCCGCGGCGGAGUCUACGGCGGCGGACGCGGUAGACCCCGUGAUGGUUCUUCUAGAGGACGGGUCGCUACGCAUGUACUCGUCUACUUCGGACCACCUCGCCUCGUCGCCUUCCUCGGCCACUAGUAAUAACGCGCCGCUCACUGUCGCGGACGUGCUACUAGACUUUCCCAACCACGACCUCGUCGCGCUCGCCGCCCCUUGCGCGCCGCUCCAUCCCGCCACGCGCCUCGACCCCGGCAGCACGUACUGCUUGUCCGCGCUUCCCGCCGCAAAGGCUGGAAGACGGGGCGGAGCGGGCAAAGGCGGGCACAAACCGCACGCGGAAGCGGCGGCGGCGGCGGAAGCGGCGGCGAUUGUGGCGCCGGUGAGUUCGAAGGCGCGGUGCCGCUGCCCCAUCUGCCACGCUGAGGCGGAACGGGAGCGGGAGGCGCAGCAGCAGCUGCGCGGACUGUGGCUCGCAGGCGGAGAGGUAUCCGCGCGCCUUGGCGGAGAUGGCGGCGACCCGAUGCUGAACCCCGGGAGCGCGUCGCCUUCGAGAUCGCUAGCGAAGCAGCGGCUGCGGCAGAGAGGGAGCGCGGCGGUGCGAUCGCCGCGGGGGGCAGCGGAGGCGGAGGGGGGAAUAGCCCGUACGUCCGCUGCCACGUCAGCUGCUGCAGCUACAGCGCCGUCUAAUGGAGGUGCUGGCGCCGGCGCAGGUGCUGCGGGUGCGGGUGCGGCAAACGAAGCGGGCGGUGCGAACGGCGGAGCGGCGGAUCAAACGGUCAAUGGCGGAAGGGGGAUGGCGGACGACAGGCAAGGGCACGGGCAUGGGAAGCAGAUAUGCAAAGAGGACGAUGCGGCGCGGUUGGCUGCUGCUGCUGCGAUUGCGUUGGCUGGGAUGCCGUGUCCGUCGCCAGCAGGCGCGCGAACUGAAACGAGCCAUGUUGGUCGGGUUACCAGUCGCGAGCUUCGGCGCCACCGAACCUCCUCGCCGGACCGGCCGUCGAGGUUCCCGUCGAGGUUCGGGCGGGCUGAGAUUUUGCGGUUGGGAAUGGGCGGUGAGUCAGCAGCGAGCCCAUUAUUGACCAGUGCGCUUCCGCCACCUGGCAGCGCUCCUGUGACGCCACGUGGAGGGCUGCAGCCCGUGGGGAAGGAGAGGUGGGGAGAUGUGAGAGAGGAGCAAGGAUUGGGGGAGACAGAAGAGGAAGAGGAGUUUAUUUCUGAUGUAGAGGAGAGGGAGAGGGAGAUGCACAGGCAGAGGGCAUUGGAGGAGCUACAGCAAGCCAUGGACAAGGUAAAUGCGUGGAUGGAGGCAUGCCAGGAGCAGCUGAGACAGCUGCAGCAGCAGGGCCAACAGGAUUAG